UUUAGAAGAAAUAGGCGAAGUGGUUCAAAACGGCGUCGUAAUAGUGUAAAGACACAUGGAAGUUCAUAAUUUUAGGUUUAAUCUUCUGUGAAGACGAGGAAGAAGACAGUGGAAGAAAGCAUCACAUUAACACAUUCUGCAGAAGAAGAAUGUGGACGCGGAUACUUGCCCGAGCAACACGUUCCGUAGCUGGUGCUCGCAACUGCUCAUCAAUUCACCAACGCAUCUCUAACCCUAUCUUUUUCAAAAUCCCCAAAUCAAGUUUCCCUCAAAUUCUCAACAACCCUCGAUUUUUCGCCACCGAUUCCACGCUCACCGUCGAUGAUGAGCUCCCACAGCUCUCACCGGAUUCUUCAGAAAACGGCGGUGACAGACAGCGCGUAGACGAAGGAGACACUUAUGUAGAAGAAGACACUUAUGUAGAAGGAGACAUGUACGAGAUUGACGUGGACAAGUUGGAGAGUGUGCUACGUCUUCUUCAAACGAGUGCUGAUGGGUCCUUUGAGUCGUGUUUGGAUGACAUGGAUUUGACUCUGCAUCAACAAUUGGUGACAAAAGUAAUCGAAAAUCCGCUUGUUUUGGGUGAGAAUCUGAUAAGGUUUUUCAGAUGGGCAUGGAGUGAGAGAUCAUUGGAGGUGACCACCCCAAUGGUGGAGUCUCUUGUUUUGGCCAUAUGUGGAAAUGAUGUGAGGAAGAAAGAGGCGUACUCGCUGUGGGAUUUGGUUAAGGAGAUUGGAGAGAAGGAGAGUGGAAUCCUCAAUGUGAGGAUUCUCAACGAUUUGAUACUUUGCUUCUCGAGGUUGGUGAAAGGGAAAGCUGCAUUGGAGGUGUUUGAUAAAUUUGAGGCCUUUCAGUGUGUGCCGGAUGCAGACACGUAUUACAUCACAAUCGAGGCGCUUUGUCGGCGGCGUGCUUAUGAUUGGGCUUGUGGGGUUUGUGAGAAGAUGGUUGAUGCACAGGCGUUGCCUGAUGGCGAGAAAGUUGGUGUCAUUUUGUCUUGGUUGUGCAAGGGCAAGAAGGCUAAGGAGGCCCAUGGAGUGUAUGUGGUGGCAAUGGAGAAAGGGAAACGGCCACCGAUGAGUACGGUUAGCUUUUUGGUUGGCAAGCUCUGUGGAGAAGAUGAAACUGUGAAAUGGGCUUUGGAUAUGUUGGAGGAUAUCCCUGAGGAGAACAGGGAGCGUGCAAUAAAGCCGUUUAUGGCGGUUGUUCGGGCAUUGUGUAGGAUUAAGGAAGUUGAUAAAGCCAAGGAGUUAUUGGUAAAGAUGAUUAAGGAUGGGCCGCCGCCUGGGAAUGAUAUUUUCAAUUUCAUUGUCACAGCUUAUUCAAAGGCUGGUGAAAUUGGGAAAGCUGUGGAGACCAUGAAGCUGAUGGAAAGUAGGGGUUUGAGACCGGAUGUGUACACUUAUACUUCUCUUGCUAGUGGUUAUUCAAAUGGUGGGGAGAUGGAGGAGGCUCGGAAGAUCUUGGCAGAAGCGAAAGAGAAGCAUGUUAAGUUGGGCCCCGUGAUGUUUCACACCCUGAUUCGUGGAUAUUGCAAGUUGGAACGGUUUGAUGAGGCUUUGAAUUUAUUCUCAGAGAUGAAAAAUUAUGGCGUUCGCCCCAAUGUGGAUGAGUAUGAGAAGUUGAUACAGUCUCUCUGCUUGAAGGCUUUGGAUUGGGAAACGGCGGAAAAGCUACUUGAGGAAAUGAAAGAUAAUGGUUUGCAUCUCAAGGGCAUCACGAGGGGUUUGAUUAGAUCUGUGAAGGAGUUGGAGAAGGAGAUUGUGGAGGGUGAGAGCAUUACUGCAGUGGCGUAAACAUAGUUCACUGUUUCAGGUUAUGUUUGAUCAAAAAAGACGAAACUCUGGUUUGUUAAAUUGGGUAUGGAGCUAUGAGCUUAGCAUUCUGCAUACUUAAUUUUCACAUUCCAAGUCAACACGCAUUGACAAAAGUAUUCAACCUCAUUUUCUCCGUCAUCAACUGCCUUCGGUUGAGUUAGCCUUCCUUAUAGUUUAUUUCAGUGUCAGUCUCCUCCGAAACUUGGUCUUCAUGUUGUAUGGUGACAUUAUUUUACAAUCUAACUGUAGAUGUUGUUCCAUCUUAGCUUUGACUAUAUUUGCUGCAUUCGGAACGUGGUCAUCUUGGUUUGGAAGGACCAAGACUUAGGUAUUAGAUCAAUCUAAUUUUAGCUCUCAGUUUGUGCAGACAACUUCUAUAGCCGAGUACUUUCACAAAUUGCUACCUUGAACUCUGCUUUCUAUGUUCUCAAAGCACUACUCGUGUGCAACUAAAAUGUUGCUAAAAAUCAAAUCUGACCAUUUGGAAAACACUUUGGGUUUAGGUAUGAAUACCAAAGGUUUUAUUCCCUCUAACAAUCAAUUUAUGUUGGUUGAGUAUGUCUGAAAUAUCCUUUUUAAGGAAGACAAAUCAUUCAAUGAGAAUUAGACAACAGCACAUAACUUAUAAGGAAAGAAAACAAUAAACAGAUAUUUCUGGAGGCUAAAUUAACAUUCAAAACCAAACGCUUGAAGUCCGCAGAGGUCAAACAAUUAAAAAAUUGAAGUGUGCCCAAUUACCUGUUGGAUUGGAAUCUAACAUCAGAAGCACGUUUUGUUUGUUCAAUUCUAUUUUUCGAUUACGAAAAUUGAAUAGGUAACUCAGGUCAAGGAAUCCCGAUCAAACAUAAAUUUAAAAAAAAAAAACAAAAACAGUAGUUUCCAGAUCAUACGUAAACAAAUUACGUUGUCAUAUAAAUAUGAAGAAGCCGUGCGUCUUGCACUUAUAUGCAUCUGGAAUCAAAGGCUCAAUAAUAAACCAAAAAAAAUCCCAAUGUUCACGUUUCACAUACUGUUACUCUGAAGUAAAACAUAUUCCACGAAAAGAAAUAGAGAACAUACAAAUUGAAAUCCUUGCUUUUAGUCCUAGCUGAACUGUUUUCAGUAGUAGUAUUUGGUAUCAAUAUCAUCAUUAAUAAACAAGACAACAUCAUUUAUUGAGUUAGCAAAUAUGUUAAAGAAUGAUAUGUCGAAAUGCGUUAGUGUGGACUUUAAUUUGUUCUAGCAGCCAUCACUCCAUAUGACACACAACAGACCAAAGAAUUCAAAAUUUAAAAAAACUCUUUAUUCCAUUGAAGCUAUUGACAAUAUCAUAACGCCAAGUUCCUCAUCUAUCUGCUAUCAGAAAUUUGGCUGACAGAUCUAGACUGUUCAAGCUCAUCAGAGGGAUCCCAAUCCAUCGUAGAGGAUUGAAUCUUGGACAAAGUCAUGAAAACCUCAGAAAUCUGUGGUCUUGCAUUGAGGUCACGAGCAACACAGCGUUUGGCAAGUUCAGCCAUGGAAUAAGCCAGUUCCAAAGGAUAUUCAUCUCUCAGAUUUGGAUCCAUGAAACCUCGAAGUUUCUCUCUAACGUUCUCUCCUUCAAGCACCUGAUUCACAGUCAGCGACAGCAUCUGCUCCCCAGAUCCAUUCUUAACCCCACCAACAGCCUCUCUCCCUGAAAGAAGCUCCAAAAGCACAACUCCAAACGAAAAAACAUCCAUCUUUGGAGUAAUCAAACCAUUCUCAAUGUACUCAGGUGACAUGUACCCUUGAGUCCCCACCACAUGCCUUGUCAAUUGAAAUCCCCUGUCAUCCCCUUCACCCUCCACCGCUCUCGCCAACCCAAAAUUCGAAACCUUUGCCCUGAAAUUCCCAUCUAAAAGCACGUUCCCACUCUUCAAAUUCUUAUGCACAUGAGGAGGACUGGUAUAGUUAUGAAGAUAAUUAAGAGCGUCAGCAACAUCAUGAGCAAUAUGAACCCUCUGCACCCAACUCAGAGACACCGAAUUCUCGUACUUCUUAUUACCACUAUGCAGCCAAUUUUCGAGAGAAUCAUUCUCGGCAAACUCGUACACCAGAUAGGUGUCACCUUUGUGAACACAAAAACCCGACAAUCUUAUAACAUUGAAGUGGUUAAUCCUCUUGAGAAUGUUGAUCUCACUCGACACAUCCCCUUUGAGAAUCUUAACCGCAGCAUAAUCACCCUUGAAUGAAGCCCUAUAAACAGAACCCUUGAUUUUGUUCUCUUCACUGAAGAACACUGUCGCCGUCUGCAACUCCUCAAACUUGUACACGCUCAACGACUCGAUCGCGUAACGAAUCCCUUCCGAAGAAAGAGACCACGACUGCGACGUCGGAAGAGUCAUUUCGUUGCUCUGUUUCUGGGUGGGGCCCGAGAAAGCCUUCGCUGCCGGAGUCGGCGAUGGCUGUUGUACCCGUCGCUGCCGAUAGAAACAGAAGAAAAAUAGAGCAGCGCAGACAAGAAGCAGCACAACAACCCCAACCACGAUUCCGAUAAUGACCCAUUUCUUGGAAGAGUCCGAGUCUUCCUCCGCCGCCGGAGGCGGCGGUGACGGGGAGUCGUUCGGGGGAGCCGCUGCUCUCAGUAAAUUCGUUGGCGGCUCUGUUUUUAGAGGAAUUGAAAUCGGCGUGAAGUAGAAAAUAAAGGAGGUAUCAGAAAGCUCGUUUGCUUCGAGGAUGCUCUGUUGGUCAAUACCAAAGAUUUCAGCGAUGGAAGAAACCGUUUCUCCUUGAGAAACCAAGUAAGUGAGCAAGUACUUGAACCCUGCUUCGCUCUGUUUCUGGGUGGGGCAGGCACAUCUUAGAGGCACGUGGAGGUCGAGACCCGCAACGAGGUCACGUUCACCGUAGGUGUUUUGGUCCAUGAGAGCCUGACACGUGGUGAGGGACUGGUAUGUGUUGUUGGCGAUGGAGAAGUAGGUUUCGCCCUGUACUUUGAUGUUGUAAGAGGCGUUGUGCUGAUAGUAGAGGCCGGAGCAGGAGCAGUUGAUGGGAACGGUGAUGAGGGUUUCGGCGGGGAUGGAUUGGACAUCUGUGAUGUUGUUUGCGGCGGCCAUGGCGGAGGUGCUGGAAUUGAGGAGGUAAGAGAUGGAGAUAGAGGUGGUGUAAUCUGGGAGGGAAGAUUUGAAGGUGAGGUAGGAUGCGCAUGAUGGAACACUGUUGCAGAGGUUGCCAUUUGUGGCGUUGGUUUCGUGCUGGGAGCAAUUUAGUUGUUUGUUGUUGACGUACUCUUGUUGGGAUUCAGAUUUUGGGAUGGAGGAACAGAGGAGGAGCACCAGUGAUACGGCGGCUACGGGCCACACCCCGGUGGCCAUUUUUGAGUGGUGAAGAAAAACAAAAAAAAAAUGAGUGCUUUCUUGAUUUGGAGGGUAUGUUGAGCUUAAAUUCAAAGAACGCGUUACUCUGUGUUAUCAAGUUUCAAUUUUUUGUGUUGCAAACAAAAAACCGUAUGGAAUGGGGUGGAGACCCGGUCAAACUCGUUUUGUUUUUGGAAUUUUCCACCUUUGAAAUGCUGUGCUUAUUUUUACUGAGAUUCACAUUAAUGUUCACUUUGAAUAAUUGUUCUUUCGGGUAAAA